GUACAUAUAUAUAGAGCAUCGCCGUUUUCUCCUGUCACAUUUCUUCGCAGUGGGAGAGGCAUUGUUUUUUUCAACUGCACCUAUCCUAUGUUGCUCCCAAGUGCUCGUUGUAAUUAAUUUCGUAUUGUUUUUAUUAUUCAGAACGAUUCAUCCAGAAAUCACUCAGUUGUAUUCGUUAAUGUUCUGAGUUCUGCUACAUCCGUUUUUGAGGAGGAUCUACCGCUAUACAAUCCCCGCCAGUUCGUCAAAGACUGUCAUGUGGAUAAAAAAUAAUCUACUACCAUGAAUCACCUUUUCGACGAGAUAAUCAAGGACUGCACCUAUGCAGUACCAGGGGCACGUCUGUCCUACGCCGUUCGCAAUAAAUUAGAGAAACACAAGAAAUCGGUACGGCGAGACAUCGUAAGCCGCAUAAAAGAUGACUGUGCACCACUCUUCAUCGCUUGCAAACGAGGCCACGUAGAAAUUGUUGAAUACUUGAUAACAGUAUGUGACGCUGAUAUUGAACAACGUGGCCUUUAUGAGGUGCCUGAUGAUAGAUCAAUUCAUUGUGUAACACCACUUUGGUGUGCAGUUGUAGCUGGAAAAUUGCCUGUGAUAAAGUGUCUGCUGGCUCAUGGGGCUGAAGUUAAUGCAGUCUCUGACACUGGCUCUACACCAGUAAGAUCAGCAUGCUUCAUGACAUAUCUGGAUAUUGUUGAAUAUCUUGUACAGAAUGGAGCUGAUAUACUUCGUGCUAAUUAUAAUGGGGGUACGUGCUUGAUAAAUUCAGUACAAAGUGUCGAAUUGUGUACAUAUUUAUUGAGACACGGUGCUGAUGUCAAUGCAAGGGACAUCCAAAAUAAGACUGCUUUACAUUAUGCAAUUCAGGAGCAUAGAUUUGAAACUACUAAACUAUUUUUAGAGCACAAUGCAGAUCCACAUUUAAAGUCUAGGUACAAUGACGAUGCGCUACAGACGGCAUGUCUCAAAGGAGCAAUACAGAUCUUCGAUUAUCUAGUCGAGAAUGUUACGUACUCACAGGAGAGACUGGCAAACGCCUACGAAUUGAUGGGCUCAACGUUUUUUGAUGAACAUGGCGAUAUUGCAACGGCACUAGUCUACUGGAGAAAAGCCAUGGGAAUCAGAAUGGAGAACAUGGAGGAGGGAAUGGUCCUGGAGAAGAAGCCUGUUAUGCCGAUAAGAGAGAGCUUUAGGAAUGCCGUGGAAUUCUCAACUAUGGACGAGCUCAAUGCCAUUGCUUUCGAUUUAGAUGCUAUCAGAAUACAGAGUUUGUUGAUUUGUGAGAGAAUACUCGGGGAAAAUCAUAAAGACACACUUUACAGGCUCAUGUACAGAGGUGCUAGUUAUGCUGAUGCAUUGAGGUAUCAGAACUGCAUCGACAUGUGGAGGAGAGCCCUGGAAAUUAGGGUGGAAAGAGACUCUAUUUUAUACACAGAUACAUGUUUUACUGCUCAAGCUCUUGUUAGAAUAAUGGUUGAUUUAAAUGAAGUGACAACGGAUCGAAUUCGAGAUAAGGAUGAGCCAAGAUUCUGUGAUGUCGUUGCUGUAUUUAAAUUGCUUACAAGCCAGCUAUGCGAGGCUAGGGAAAUACUCGAGAAGCGUCCAGUGUAUAAACGCCAUCAGGACAGUUACGAUCGUAUUUUGAAGUGCGUGACGCACUUGAUUUACCUUCUGGUGGAGACAGCUAGGACAAAAGAACAGAAAGUUGAGAUUCAUCAACUUGUGCGUGAGUUAGUCAGAAGAAAUCCAAGAUCAGCAUCAACAGGGGAUAGUUUGCUACAUCUUUGCGUGUCUAGUUUGAAUUACAUUACUUCUAGUUACUUCACUUCUGACGAAAAAAUGGUAGUUUUUCCUCACACCGAAGUUGUUAAAUUACUACUCGAUUGUGGGGCCCACGUGAAUGCCAGAAAUGAAUCUCGUUCAAUUCCACUGCACAUUGCAAGCAACGCCUACAACUUCCUCAAUCCAGUCAUCAAAUUACUACUUGAUUAUGGGGCCCACCUGGACACUCCCAACCGGGCGGGUGACACACCAGCAAAACUCAUAUCUUCAAACCCUCACAACAGCAUAAAUCUCGUCAACUACAUGAGUCUGCGGUGCUACGCUGCUCAAGCCAUCUUUAAAUAUGGGAUCCGAUGUACUGAACUACCACUAACGCUGCAUCAAUUCCUGGAAUAUCAUCGACCUCUCCCUAAUAAUUCAUAAGCAAUGCAAAAAAUAUUCAGCCUGAGUUAUCUCGGAAAUUCUGCCUUUAGAGCCCGCAAGAAUCGCAAAAUUGACAAGAAAUUUCAUUGCGUUUGACAUUAACCCUAGAUUCCUCAUCAUAUGAGAGCGUCACUGUCAAAUUUAUUUUUCGAUAAAAUAUUAAUUUAUGGAAAAAGUAUUAUCGAAAAAUGUGAAAAAAUUUCGAUAGAACUGUUUUCAUUCGAAGGACGGAAAAUCUUGUCAUCGGGCAGUACGAAAAAGUAAUUUUCUAGAUACGCUUAGUAUAUCUAAAACAUUCACUUUUCAUUCACACUUCAAUAAAAUAAAUCUUUUGUUGAAAAGUGAUGUUUGUAUCGUCGGAUUAUAUCGAUUCGACAGAAUCUUAUUUUCAUUUUUAUUUUUUGCACCGAAUUCGAAGAGCUUGAAUGAAACCAAAAUUGAACUGUAUGAAAUGAAGUUUCUCGCGGGAAAAUAUAGUUGCCAAAUGCGAAAAUUGUUUGUCUCAGUGCCGUAUGAGCAAAAAUUUUACGUCCAUAUUAAUUAAAUUUACCAUAUUGAUAUUGUAUUUCCUCGAAAAAUGGACUAUUAAACCAAAGGAGACAGGAAAUUGUUGAUGAAAAACAUGACGAUAGUUGGAUGUUUUGGUCGUCAAGGGUUGUUUGACCUCCCUCGAUUGUCAGUCUUUGGAGUGACAAUCGAACUUAUCACAUGUACACUUCAUACAGAAUAUAUUAUUUUACUUAAUAUCGUGUUCAUCGUCCCCUUAUUGCCACUAAAUACUACAAUAGAAAUCAUGGCCAUAUUAGGGACGACUAGAAUACAUAGUAAAUAUUGGACAAUUGUAACCCUUUCUUUUAACUGGUUUGAGAAUCCAUUCUCUUUUUAUUUACCAUUGCAUGUACUUAAAAACUCGUGACCAUGACGACCAAUUCCAUGUCAAAUGAAUAAAAAACCCUCAUGUUUCGGAUUAUCUUCGCAAUUUUUUCGGAGAAGAAGUGUAAGAGACGAAGAUCUCAUAAAAUUUUUAGACUGAUUAGAUUUUUUUAAUAAGUUAUGAAUGUUAAAAAUUGUUACUUUGUUUCCUGAAUUUUUGUUCUUAUUUCAAAAAAGGUGAACUAAACAUUAGGAAUCGAAUUUUUAUCUACGCGCAUUUCGAGGUAAUCGAGAAAGCGUCAAAAUGAGCACAAUUAAACUCAGUUUAUUCCUUUUUUAAAGUCAUUAUUCCGAAAUCAGUUUUCAAUACCUCGAAAUUUUUUUUAACGUUAAAUGCCAAGCUACCUAUUUUAUAACAGCUGAGUUUCAUAUGCUUCGACUCAGAAAAAGACAAUAAGAAAUGGGAUUUUUUGUUUAAUUUUUUUUCAUUUGACGUGGAAUUACUCAGCUCUAAUUACUCAUGCUUGACUUGCGAGGAUGAUCUGUAAGUAUGGUGGCAUUGACCAAAUUUGGUUAACAUUAUAAAAACUUCGUAAAAAAUUAUUGAACCGAUUUGCAACACAAUUAUUCAACAAGUUCAAUGAUUCAGUAAAAAGUCUACUUUUUAGUUAAAUUACUUGACGAUGAUUUGUAAAAAAUAUAUAUCGACAUCUUAAUAACAUACGAUGUUAAUACUUUUAUUUGUUUAUAAGAUGUCGAUAUGAUCAAUGCCAUCUAAAUAUUAAUGAACAUAUAUUUUGUCGUUAAUAUUCUGAGUAAAAAAAUAACAGAUAUUAUUUGAACCUACAGAAAACGAAUGACAAACUCAAUUUUACGAAUUCGUCAAAAUUCUGGAAUUGCAUAUUUAUUUGCUCAAAAAGUAAACUCACCCGUUUUCUUCAAUUUUUUAAAUAUCGGCUCUGAACCACUAUAGGCGAUGAAAAGAAAUUAACAAGAGACAAGUUGUUAAAAUUGCCACAUAUCCUCAAGUUGCGGAAAAAGUAACGCUCAUAUGAUAGGAUCUAGAUAGAGUUUAACAUAAAUCGUAAAACUUGGUGAAUCCAUUAAUCUGCUAAGUCAGUCUUUAACUAGUUUUAUUUAGAGUGACGAUUUUCUAGUUUAACCGAAUCUCAUUAUUUUAACAAAAUCAUUGUAAAGAGGGAAUUUAAUUUCCGUGACUGUUAUCUUUGUGUUCUCGUUAUACUUACGAUUACCCUCAUUUUCUGUACAAAUACAAUGUACUUUUGUCAUGAAUUUAUUCACAUUGUUGUACGACUUAUUAAUAAUUCCAAAAUAUUAAUUACAGUUAAAGAAUUGUAUGGAUCUCAAGAGGGUCAACGUGAUAUGUACAUCAUGUAAGGAUAAUUAUUAUUUUCCAUUAAUAAUAAUUCUGUGGUAUUUCUUGAAAAUAUCAAUCAUAAACUAUGUAACAGCAGAAUAAGAGAAUUUGAAUAAGCACUGCUUCGUACAAUUAUUUCUAUUAACAAAUGUGAUAUUGAUGGAGGCACUCGAGGCGAACUUGAUAGUGAACUUGGUAGUGAUUCUCAUUAUUCAUCUUUUCCGAUUUAUAUGCAUAAUGUACGAAACAAGUAAAGAUAAUUAUGAAGUGGAAAAAA